UACGGCAGCCAGCGGGGCGCGUGCGCCGCAGGGCCCGCCCAGUUCCGCGUACUCUGCGCGUGGUGAUUCCGGGCUCGUGUCCUCGGCAUGGGUCCUUUGCUGUCGCCGCUGCUGACCCUGCUGUCGCUCCUCUCCGGUCCUUGGCUCGAACUAGGAAAUGGGCAGACGACUGGCAUGGUCCAGCUACCUGGUGGGAGAUUCCAGAUGGGAACAAAUUCACCAGAUGGCAGAGAUGGUGAAGGACCUGUCCGGGAGGUGACAGUAAAACCCUUUGCCAUUGACAUAUUUCCUGUCACCAACAAAGAUUUCAGGGACUUUGUCAGGGAGAAGAAGUACCGGACAGAGGCUGAGGCGUUUGGGUGGAGUUUUGUCUUUGAGGACCUUGUGCCCAAUGAGCUUAGAAGCAAAGCAACCCAUCAAAUGCAGUCUCUUCUCUGGUGGCUGCCAGUGGAAAGGGCAUUCUGGAGGCAGCCUGCAGGUCCCGGCUCUGGCAUCCGAGAGAGACUGGAGUUCCCGGUGGUACACGUGAGCUGGAAUGAUGCCCGUGCCUACUGUGCUUGGCGGGGGAAACGGCUGCCCACUGAGGAAGAGUGGGAGUUUGCUGCCCGUGGGGGCUUGAAGGGUCAGGUGUACCCCUGGGGAAACCAGUUCCAGCCAAACCGCACCAACCUGUGGCAGGGAAAGUUCCCCAAGGGUGACAAGGCUGAGGAUGGCUUCCACGGAGUCUCCCCGGUGAACGCUUUCCCCCCGCAGAACAACUACGGGCUCUAUGACCUCAUGGGCAACGUGUGGGAGUGGACAGCGUCACCGUACCAGGCUGCCGACCAGGACAUGCGUGUCCUCCGGGGGGCGUCUUGGAUCGACACAGCCGACGGCUCCGCCAAUCACCGGGCCCGCGUCACCACCAGGUUCUUGAGUCAAUGUGACAGAAACCCCAAAGGUCCUGGAGCCCCUUGGGGAGAGGGGACAACAGAGGGCUGAAGCGUGUCCCGAGCAGACACUUGUGGCCAGAAUAGGAUGUCUUGCUGCUCUUCCUUCGGGCUUCGCUACUUGAUGACGGAAGGCCGAUGUGCCAAAAAUAAAUCACAACUGCAACCUGGGAUGCGGGCCAAGGCUCAGCAGAACAGCGCCCUGGCCAGGGCCAGUCUCACCGGGGGGUGACCUCUGGUGGAGGGUGAAGGAAGCUCCGGUGGCCUGGGAGCAGGCAGGACAGACUGCACGAGGCAGCCGCCCUCUGGAGCUCACUCAGCCUCCAGGCUUAGAGGAGGUACAGCCAGGAAUGGACCUGCUUCUCUGGGAGCCAUUCAUGUGUGUGCUGAGAGCGGAGCCCUGGCAACACCCCAGCCACUGUCAUGCCCACCUGCAGCCCUGGCUGCCACAAGGACGCAGGCAUCGGGACCCACUCAGGUACUGUUGGUUUGGUUGUCCUACAAAAUGCAGACCUCAAGGGUUAGGGAACAUCCCUUCAGGAAUCCAUCUUGAUCUGCCUCCAUGAUUUCAUCCUUAACAGUUUCUUUCUUUUGGUCUUUUUAGGGCCACGCCCGUGGCAUAUGGAAAUUCCCAGUCUAGGAGUGGAAUUGGAGCUACAGCUGCCAGCCUACACCACAGCCACAGCAAUGCAGGAUCUGGGCAGAGUCUGCAAUCUACACCACAGCUUAUGCAGUGCCGGAUCCAUUAACCCACUGAGCGAGGCCAGGGAUCAAACCUCAUGGAUCCUAGUCAGGUUCAUUACUACUGAGCCACAAUGGGAACUCCAGCCUGCAGUUUCUAAUGAAUGAGAGGAGUUCCAUGUGCCAGGAAAAGCAUAUGGGCUCUAUCAUCAGGGUGAUUUUAGCUUAAGAGGCUGACAGAAUUGGCAGUAAUGUAUGCAAGGUGCUGGCACACAGUAGACACUUAUCUAUUGCUCACCCUCACUCAAAAGCUACCUUUUCUUCAAAUCCCUGAUUCUAAUAUUCCAAAUGAAGAGAGAGUAGUACAGUGCUCCAUACAGAUGCUGAGCCCAUGAAUACUCACUUAAUUAGCAUUUUACAAAGCACUUCACACACACUCUCACUGAUUCCCCCACACUAUUGGUAUUUUUCCAGUUUCAGAGAUUGUGACUUGCUCAAGGUUGUCAAGUAGGUGAGGAGGGCCUAGGUUAACCCCAGGUAGGGGUCCAUGUGCUUUCCUUUCAUUACAUCAGGCUCUCCAUCUCUUUCACUCUGGGGGACUACUUUGAACUACUAUCUAAAAAGGAAUUUUUUUAUCCAUAAACGCCUCCAGCUCAUCAAGAUGCAGCAUCUGGCCCCAAGGAUGAGAACACCUUUUACUGUCACUAAGCCCUUUUUCCCUCUCCUGAUUCUAAGCUGUAGAUUCCUGCUGGCUUACACUUUCAAGGCAGGGCAAAAACUCCUUCUGACUUCAAGGCAAAAGGCCAAUACACCCAGUGGAUUAUUCCCUGUGCCCUUCUCUGCAUAGCCAUGGCUCCCAUCAGGGAGAGGCCAGAUUAACCAGACUCUUAGAUUUUGUCAGUGGUGGCUCCUUUUCCUUUGAUUCAUUGAUUCAAAAAUUCUUGGGUACCAACUGCACACCAUCACGCCUUUGAUGUUAAAAGGCAUUAACACGGUGAACUCAGGAGUUCCUGUUGUGGCUCAGGGGUAAUGGUAAUUUCCAUGAGUACUCAGGUUUGAUCCCUGGCCCUGCUCAGUGGGUUAAAGAUCCAGAGUUACUGUGGAAUUGCCAUGAGAUGCCGGUAGGUUGCAUACACAGCUCAGAUCUGGUGUUGCUGGGGCUGUGGUGUAGGCCAGCAGCUGUAGCUCUGAUUCAAUCCCUAGCCUGGGAACUUCCAUAUGCCGCAGGUUUGUCCCUAAAACAAACAAAACAAACAAAAAACAAACCACUAUGAACUCAGAGGUCCCAAACCUCUAGGAAAAUGGGCAAAGGAGUGCUUCCUGGUGAACUCAGGAGGGAAUAUGCUGGGGGAUUGGCCAAUAGUGGACUGGGUCAUUCAGAUCCUUGGGGAAAAUGAUUAGGUAGAAUGGGGCACUUAGCAGAGGACAGGAGGUAACAACUGAAUACCACUUAACUCACCUUGCUGUAAGAGAUCCCUAAAAUAAGGGGGGAAAAGUCAAAAUAGGAAAAUUGGAGUUCUUGCUGUGGUGCAGUGGGAUUUGGCAGCAUCUCUGCAGCGCCAGGACAUAGGUUCGAUCCUCAGCCCAGCACAGUGGGUUAAAAGAUCUGGUGUUGCUACAGCUGUGGUUGGAUCUGAUCCCUGGCCCAGAAACUCCAUAUGCUGUGGGGUGGCCAAAAAAAUUGAA